CUCUUCUCACUCUCUGUCUGAACGACACAAUGUUCAGUUCAAACCAAGCAGCUCUGCUCUUCUUCCAGCUGCUGGGGAUGCAUCGUGUCUUUGGAGUGGAUGUUUCAGUUCAGCAGAGGAGGACGGUGGAGGUGUUCAGAGGAGAACCAGUAGAGCUCAACUGUAAUAUAUCAACAAGAAAUACACCACAACUCACCUGGAUGAAAGACAAAGUUCUGAUUUUUUCCAUCUUUAGUAAUGAGACUUUUUGUAACCUCUCCUCUCCAAGACAAAUCAUACAUCAGGACUCUUUCACCAGGCUCAGUAUUCUGAAUGCUCAGGCUGAAGAUGAAGGACUUUAUUUAUGCUCUGUAAUCAGGAAAAGUGGCAUAAAUGGAAUUGAAUGGAAUGUAACUGUGACUGAGAAACCUGAGGAAGAUGCAGAUUCAUGGGAAUUUCUGAUUAUUCUCGCCGUAGGAUUUCCUCUCUGCUGCAUGAUAUUAACUGUCUGCAUCUACAGAAAAUGUAAGACGAGAACCACCAAUCAGGAUCCAGUGCAAGACCAGUGUCAACCACAGUCAGCGGAAGUGGCAGACCCGACUCGACCACAAACACACACAGGUCAAAGGACGGAAAACAGUCGGCGGAGUCAAUACUUUGAACGACACAAUUCAAUCUACAAUCACAUCUGAGCUGGAGAGUCUUUCGAAUGAAGAAACAGAGAUAAAUGAUGACAGACAUUUCAAGAUUCAGUUUCCAAAUAUGUGCUGAAAGAAAAGCAGGAAGGACAUUGAUGAAGCCAUGGCAUUAUCAUUACAGUAUGAAAGCAACUCCAGAUGAUGGAUUGGAUUUUUACUUUAUCUGUUUUAUUUAUGUUGCUUUCAGUAAUUUAAUAUAAUCUUGUUUGUUUUCAAUUUUGGGCUCUCAUGCUGCUUUGUGAGUUUGUGUAAGUUGCUGAAAAUUGAAAUUGAAAAUUUGUACCAGAAAAAAA